AUGGACACGACUCCCUACCGUGACCGCGCUUCUAGACCUGCUGUCGCUCCACCUACGACUACCUCUGACGAGGACUCACUGUUUAUAAAUCCUCGUCGUAAGUACAAACGGCGAGGUACUGGCUCCAUCUCCGACACCAAAAGCGAAGGCUCAGAAGAUGAGGCAGGUUCCUCCAUGUCGGAAUCAGAAGAACACGAACUAGGGCUGCUGGACUCAGAUGUGGACGCCGAUGAUGACGGAGAAAGUGGCUUGAACCAACAUGAAAGACGCAAAUACAUCAAAAGAAAGAGGCGGCGUGACGGGCUGGAUGCGAGAAUUGCUGGCACAACCGGUUUAUCCAAAGACGAGGCACGAGAAGCAGACAAGAACGUCGUUCGCAAUCUGGUCAUCAAUGCCGUCCUCAUCGGCCUGUGGUAUUUCUUCUCUCUGUCCAUAUCCAUUUACAAUAAGAUGAUGUUCUCCUCCGAUCACCUCGAUUUCCACUUUCCGCUCUUCGCGACCUCGCUACACAUGGUUGUCCAAUUCAUCUUGGCCUCUUGUAUCCUGCUGAUAUUCCCCUCCUUACGACCGUCUCAACCCCAUCCUCGAGUAUACGGAAACGAAUCACACCCCUCCAAACCACUUGUCACACCUCUAUUCUAUUUUACGCGAUUAGUGCCCACCGGUACGACGACAUCUCUCGACAUCGGCUUGGGCAAUACCUCUCUUCGCUUCAUCACCUUAACAUUCUACACCAUGUGUAAAUCCUCGGUCUUGAUCUUCGUUCUUGUGUUCGCCUUCCUCUUCCGACUUGAAAAGCCGUCUCUCAAACUCAUCCUCAUUAUCCUCACCAUGACCCUUGGAGUGCUCAUGAUGGUCGCUGGCGAAACGGCCUUCCACGCACUCGGAUUUGCGUUGGCCAUGUCCGCCUCUUUCUUUUCCGGCUUCCGAUGGGCCUUGACGCAAAUCCUCCUUUUGCGACAUCCUGCCACCUCCAACCCGUUCGCCACGAUGUUUUUCAUCGCCCCCAUUAUGUUCGUCACGCUAUUCUUCAUCGCCUGCGUCUCUGAAACUCCAUCUGCAGUCAUCACGGGCAUCGUCCUCCUAGUUAGGGAACAUGGGGUCGCCAAAGCUCUACUUCUUCUGGUAGUUCCAGGGUGCAUCGCGUUCUGCAUGAUCGCGAGCGAAUUCACACUACUUCAGCGCACCAGCGUCGUCACUCUCAGCAUCUGCGGCAUCUUCAAGGAAGUAGUGACCAUCAGUGCAGCGGGGAUCGUCUUCCAUGACGAGCUGUCUAUGGUUAACAUUUCUGGGUUGAUAAUCACCAUCAUCAGCAUCGCGAGCUACAAUUACUUGAAAAUUGUCAAGAUGAGAGAAGAGGCCCGAGAGAGAUUGAAGAAGAAGGAUGAGCAACAGUAUCGCGAGUUAGAUGAUGAAGAUGAUGACGAAAUCAGUAACGCCGUAGCUGCCGACUCGGCGUUACUGCGUGAUGGCACCGCUGUUGUACGCGAUCCAAAUACGAGCUCCAGUUCAGCUUCCAGGUCCGAUUCUAUGCCGAAUGGCGUUCUGGGACCUUCGGCGAAGAGAAAGGAAAAUAUGGAAUAG